AUGACGUUCACUGCGCGCAAGAAGAUUUUGAAGGAGAAUGGGGCGGAGCCGGACGAGUUCGAGGAGUCGGUGGCUCAGGCCCUCUUCGACCUCGAGGCGACCAACGCGGAGCUGAAGGCGGAGCUGCGCGACCUGUACAUCACGGGCGCGAAGGAGAUUGACGUGUCGGCCGCGCGCAAGGCCGUGCUGAUCUACGUGCCGUACCGCCUCCUCAAGGCGUACCACAAGUUCCAGCCGCGCCUGAUUCGGGAGCUGGAGAAGAAGUUCUCCGGCAAGGAUGUCACCAUCGUGGCCAACCGGCGGAUCCUCCCCCGCCCCGCGGACGAGGUGCGGCACCGGCGGCCGCGGUCGCGCACCCUGACGGCGGUGCACGAGGCGGUGCUGGAGGACCUCGUCUUCCCGACGGAGAUCGUGGGCAAGCGGAUCCGGUACAGGCUCGACGGCUCGAAGCUCCUUAAGGUGUACCUCGACGCCAAGGACCGCAACACGACGGAGUACAAGCUGGAGACCUUCGCGGGCGUGUACAAGAAGCUGACGGGCAAGGAGGUGGCGUUCGAGUACCCGCAGGGCGGCGACACCGCGUAG